GUUUUUAGAUUCACCGUCGGAAAAAAUGAAAUUUCAUAACGAUAUAUAAAUUGGCAAGGAGGACCAAACAGUCAAGUAGUAUUUGACUUUCAUUCAAAGCUUUUGGAUCGUGAAAAUAUACAAAAAAUCAUACAAAAUGUCAGUUGUUCCUUUGAGUUUCCGUGACUGGUGGGAUGAUUUCAGUGCAUUUGAUCGUCCAUUCCGCUCAUCACGUUUAUUAGAUCAAGAAUUCGGCACUGGAUUGCGUCGUGAUGAUCUCUUAUCUUCAUUCUGGAAUCCAACACCCAGUGUAUUGCGUAGCGGCUAUGUCCGACCAUGGAGAUCAAAUAAUUUGAAGCGUGAAGGAAGUGGUUCAACAUUGAACGUUGACAACGAUAAAUUCCAAGUUAUUUUGGAUGUUCAACAAUUCACACCAAAUGAAAUUACUGUCAAGACCACCGAAAAAUUUGUUGUUGUUGAAGGCCGACAUGAAGAAAAAGCCGACGAACACGGCUACAUCUCACGUCAAUUCACACGCAGAUACGCCUUGCCAGCAAACACCAACCCGAACGAUGUACAAUCAUCAUUAUCGUCCGAUGGUGUGCUAACCAUUACAGCCGCCCGUAAACAAGUUCAACAAAAUACCGAACGUGUUGUACCAAUCACACAAACUGGCCCAUCCAAAAAUGAAGACUCAUCUGCACAAAGUACCGCCUCAACACCAGCCAGCGAAACAAAAGUUGGACUACCAUAAGCAAUAAGCCUUAUUAUUGUCAUUUGGAUGCUUUAAUUUGUAAAUUUUGGCCAAGCAAUUUUUUGAAUGAUUUUUUUUUUUUUUUUGAAAUUCUAAAUUUAGGACUUUUAUAUGAACACACAA